GGAGGGACCGGAAAAGAGGUGGGAUCGUUUGUCGUGAUGUGGGGCGGCCGUAAGCUGGGCUUGUCCGGGGGUUGGUUUUUAAGCGUGCUGGGGCCUGGGGGCCGGAGUACACAAGCUGCACGUCCUCUAAUUUCUUCGGCGGUUUAUGCGAAGAACCAGCUCAGUUGGACUCUACAAGUUAAACCAGAGGUUUUCAAUGAAUACAGAACCAUGUGGUUCAAAUCCUGCAGGAUAACCUUUUCCUAUUUGAACAGAAUAAAGAAUUUUAGGUACCCUUGGGUGAAACUGUACAGUACUUCCCAAACCACUGUCGACAGCGGUGAGGUGAAAACCUUCGUGGCCCUGGCUCACAAAUGGUGGGAUGAGCAAGGAGUAUAUGGACCUCUUCAUUCCAUGAAUGACCUGAGGGUGCCAUUUAUUAGAGACCAUCUUCUGAAAACAAUUCCUAAUCACCAGCCAGGAAAACCUUUGUCUGGGAUGAAGAUUCUUGAUGUUGGCUGUGGUGGUGGGCUGUUAACUGAACCUCUAGGGCGACUUGGGGCUUCAGUUAUUGGAAUCGAUCCUGUGGAUGAGAACAUUAAAACAGCACGAUGCCAUAAAUCAUUUGAUCCAGUCCUGGAUAAGAGGAUAGAGUACAGAGUGUGUUCUCUGGAAGAGAUUGUGGAAGAGACUGCAGAAACAUUUGAUGCUGUUGUAGCUUCUGAAGUUGUAGAACAUGUGAUUGAUAUAGAAACAUUUUUACAGUGCUGCUGUCAAGUGUUAAAACCUGGUGGUUCUUUAUUCAUUACUACAAUCAACAAAACACAACUUUCCUAUGCUUUGGGAAUUGUUUUUUCAGAGCAAAUUGCAGGUAUUGUACCAAAAGGUACUCAUACAUGGGAGAAGUUUGUUUCACCUGAAACACUAGAGAGCAUUCUGGAAUCAAAUGGUCUGUCAGUUCAAACAGUGGUAGGAAUGCUGUAUAACCCCUUCUCAGGUUACUGGCAUUGGACUGAAAAUACCAGCCUUAACUAUGUAGCUCAUGCUGUAAAAUCCAGGGUCCAGGAACACCCAAUGUCAGCUGAGUUUGUUUUAAAGAGAGAAACAGAGGAGCUCCAAGCUACUGCCUGCACCAAUCCAGCUGUGCAUGAAGAGCUGAAGAAAUGAAUUGUUCCUGAGGAUUGUAGUAAUAUGGCUUGGAUAUCUGAUGUUUACAAAUAUAAGAAAUGUACAAUUUAUCCUUUGAGAGAGAAUCGUGAAGAAAAGAAGGUCAAUAAAAAGGGCUAAAACCUUGGAAAAAAGUUUUUGUUAUUUCAUCUAGUAGCUGCUUUCAAGGGAUUCUAUGAAUAAAAGUUUUGUCAAG